AGAAAAGGAGUGCAGAGAGUGGGUUUGGGGUGGAACUCUCUUCCUCUGUGACCGUGUCACAAGAUUAGACGCUCAGUCAGGAGGGGAACUCAUUGUCAUGAGACGUGUCAAAAUGCAGCUGAAAGGGACUGAAAUAUUCUUCCUUGUGUUCAUUUUUCAUGCUUGUAGCCCAAAGAAGACAGAAGUUAAAGAGAGAGAGCCACAUACAGUAAAAUGUACACUGCCGAAAGAUGCAAGUCGUACAUUCAUCUGGCUUCGAGUUACAAAAAAUAAUGGGGUAGAAUUCAUAGUAUCUUACAAAAAUCAGAAACGUGUGGGGACUGUUGUUUUGCCUGAAUCCAUGGAAUCACCGGAUGGCUACAGUUUAAAAAUCAAGUCCUUCAACAAGCAAACGGACAGUGGCAGCUACAACUGUGCUAUAUACAAUGCCAAUGAAUUGACCUUUGGGAAACCUACAGUUCUUGAAGGAGAGCCAGACCCCACACAAGCACCAAAGAAGGUUACGACGACUCCUUGUACUACUGCUGCAACUGUUCCUUCUACGCCAUGUGUGUGUCUAAAUCAGAGAGGAGUGAAGAGCGACCCUGAGAAGAGUUGCGAGUUGAUGAUCUGGGUGCCACUGGCUGGAGGCUGCGGCCUGCUCUUGGUCCUCCUCAUCGGUGUGUCCCUCUACUGCAACAAGAUCCGCACUAGACGAUGCCCCCAUCAUUAUAAGAGACAACCCAGGACUGCAGAAGGAGUGCUACAUCCUGGACACGGUCGUUUUGUUUAAUAGGUGCUACCAAACAAGGCUGACACAGAAAGACCGGUUUGAUUUUGACCAAGACGUCCUGCUGUAUUUUGAUGCAGCUGCAGCGCCUGUCAAAUAUGACUUCGUUUCUGGUUUACCACACACAUUGCAUGUUUGUCUCCUAUGAGUAUUUACCAGUUUGCAGACGUGCUGAUCACAUUUCCUUUUAUAAACCUGCAUUUGUUUGUGCUUAAAAAAAAAUUUUUUUUAAAAACUUUUAUCACGGCUUUAUGCUUUCCUCACUACAUUUUCAGCGCAUGCUAGGGGAUGUUACUUAGGUAGGCCUACAAUAUUUAGUGUGCCUAUACUGUAUUUCUCAGAUUCGAUUUGAAAAACAUAUGAAAUAUGCAUAAUGUUAACAAUAGUCUCUGGCAGCCUAUAGUUUACUGGAUCGAGUCAAAAUGUAGGCCUAUUUUAUUUUAAAAUUGGCUAGUUCAGUACGAGUAGACAGCAACACAUAGCCAGAACUCUCAAUAUAACCAUAUAUUUCCUUCAAUGUAGGCGAGGCUAUAUAUUGUUUUGAAAUAAAUAUUUUAUUUUACAGCAAUACUUAUUUCUGUUACAUUAUUUCACAAUAAGCUAUUCUUUUUUGGAGACAUGUCCAUGUUCCUUAACGGCUUUACAUAUAGGAUACACAAAUCGAUCAAUGAUUAUUUGAUUUAAAGUCCUGGGAAACCACUAAUAGCAGUUGUUAUUGUGUAAUAUA